UGCCUUGAGUCGAGCAGAGCUAGAGUGAAAAUGAGCGAGCAUCGAAUUCCAGUCGCUGCUGACAAGAAAAUCUCUCCUCCAAUUUCUGCCGGGGAGCAAAAAGGCUGCAAAGGAUUGAAGAGAACGGAUCUGAUGCUUCGCUUCGCUGCGUUUGUGUGUUGCACUGUCACCAUGGUCGUUCUCAUCACGGAUAAGCAGACUAGUGCCAUUCAGGUCCCGGGCUUCAAUAACUUGACGAUCACCAAGACGGUCAGCUUCGACUUGGCCAAGGCGUUUGUAUAUCUCGUCUCUGCGGCAGGAAUCGGCGCUGGUUACACGCUCCUUGUGUUGGUCUUGUCGAUCAUAUCUGCAGAGCGCUCCAAGGCUAUAGCAUGGUUCAUCUUCGUGUUCGAUCAGCUCAUAACUUACGUUCUCCUAGCAGCCGCUGCGGCAUCAACGGAAGUUGCGUAUAUGGGGGCUCACGCACCACCAGAGGCAUCCUGGCUCAAAGUCUGUUCCCUCUUCGGACGGUUUUGUCACCAGCUCGGAGCUUCGCUGGUUACUUCGCUCAUUUCGACGGUGUUGUUCGCAUUCUCAGCGGCGAUUUCUGCGUAUUACCUCUUCAGCAACACAAACGUACGACCUGCUUACAGCAAAGGGUAGAAUGUAAGCCUCGAUUGAAAGAGCUAUCAAACUAAAGGAAAAACUUAAAGAGUUGUUCACCUC